CUGCGAUUUAGGGUUUAACGGGCGGAUAAAAUGCAGAGUUCUUCUUCUUCUUCUCUGUUCCGUUUUUGUUUCUUAGUUGUGCGAUUCCAAUUCUAAUCGUGUGAGAGAGUUGAGCGAUCGUGUGUGCUUCGUGGGUUAAUCUCAUCAUCAUGUAUUCUUUGAUACUCCAUGGAAGACGACGUUCCAUUGAGUUACAAACAUGGCGUAAUUUGAGAGAUUCAGUGAACCUUUUGCAAAAUGCGUUUGCUUUUUCAAAUCCCUUUUCCUCUGUUCGUGCUGCUGCUGAUGUGAGCUCAAGAGAUGGUCGAAAAGGUCAGAACUUUACAGUCUCUUAUCUUGUUGGUACAUUGGGUUUAACUAGAAAGCUCUCAGAAUCGAUUUCAAGGAAGGUUAGCUUCGAGGUCAAGGGAAAUGCUGAUUCUGUUCUGAAUCUUUUUAGAAGCCAUGGUUUCACAGAUUCUCAGAUAUCUGGCAUCAUUACGGAUUAUCCAAAACUGCUAACAGCUGAUGCUAAGAAAUCACUUGGCCCUAAGCUUCAGUUUUUGCAGUCGAGAGGAGCUUCAAGCUCUGAGUUCACUGAGAUUGUUUCUGAAGUUCCGAAAAUCUUGGGGAAGACAGGGGAGAUAACUCUAAGUAGAUACUAUGAUUUUGUCAAAGUCGUUAUAGAAGCAGAUAAGAGUUCUAAGUACGAGAAGUUAUGUCAUUCUUUGCCAGAGGGUAGUAAGCAGGAGAACAAAAUCAGAAAUGUUUUGGUUCUGAGAGAAUUGGGUGUACCUAAGAGGUUGUUGUUCCCUUUGCUCAUCUCUAAUGGGGGACCUGUCCAUGGUAAAGAAAAGUUUGACGAAUCCAUUAAGAAGGUUGUUGAGAUGGGUUUUAAUCCGACCACUGCAAAGUUUGUCGAUGCUCUGCGCAUUGUUCAAGGAUUGAGUGACAAAAAAAUUGAAGAAAGAGUCAAUUUUUAUAGAAGGUUAGGCUUCGAUGGAUGGGAAAUUUUCAACAAGUAUCCAAUCUUUCUGGCACUCUCUGAGAAGAACAUAUUGAACUCCGUUCAAACAUUUCUAGGCUUAGGGUUCAGCAGAGAUGAGUUUGCGAAGAUGGUCAAUCAUUUUCCUCCGUGCAUCGGGUUAUCUUCAGAGAUGGUGAAGAAGAAGGCUGGCUUUCUGGUGAAGAAGAUGAACUGGCCACGAAAGUCUGUGGUUUCAAACCCUGCGGUACUUGGAUAUAGCCUAGAGAAAAGGAUUGUACCAAGGUGUAAAGUAAUCAAAGCUCUCAUGUCCAAAAAACUGCUCGGAGAAACAGGAAGUGAACUCCCUCCAAUUGGGUUUGUUUUGAAGGAUACCGAUAAGGUUUUUUUAAGUAGGUUUGUGAGGAACUACGAUGACGAAGAGCUGGUGGCUGAGCUGAUGACUAUUUUCACCGGAGAUCGUGCUACAUAGAUCAGAAAGGCUAGUCAUAGGAUCUAAUUGUUAAUUUUAUCUUUCUUUGUGAAUCUUUUGUCGUUGAAGAAGAGCUUCUAUUCUAUGUGUGUGUGGGAAAACAAACAGAUUUUGUGAUACACGCUUUAGAAUUUGAGAGACCAACACCA